CAGGGCGCGAGGCCGGGCGGGGGAGGAGCGCGGCCGCCACGGAGGAGGGAGGGGUGCGCGGGCCGGGGCGCCGCUCCCGGGGACCCUUGCAAGACGCCGCGGGGACCCUCCGAAGACGCCCCCAACAGUCCUGCAGCUGAGCGCUCCCAGGAUGCUGAACUCGGGCGCCCGGCCCGCGACAGGCGCCGGCGGGCUUUACAGGUGCGGAGGCCGAGACAGAGACCACAGCGGGCGCGCAGCCCGGGCAGAGUCCGCGCUACUCGCGCCUCCUUUCCGUGCCCCCUGGCCCUUCUGACUGACACGAGGGGGACCCGUUCCCGUCCCCUCGCCUUGAUCCCCCAGCCCCGGUCCCUGGCAAGGAAUCCCCUCGAGACAGCGCGAGGAGUAAGGCUGGGUCUUCAGCGCAGAUUCACCCCAGGGCGCGCGCCGGGUUCCAGCAGCUCCCGGCCACCUGGCUGGGGUCCCGGGCUGUCCCCAACCCUGCUGCUUUGGCGCGGCCGGGCCAGCAGCCUCCUGCGAUUUGCCCCGCUCCCCGAGUGCGGCAGGAUGAAAAUAAGGCCGGCCUCGGCCUUCGAAGAGUGGGGCUGCUCCAGGCUUUGGGGAAGGGACAGUGGUGAGGCGACCCCCAGGUCCUUUCGCAAGCCCGAGGAAGAACCAGGGGAGGGGCUGGAACCUGGCUCUGGCGCAGGGAUUGGCUCGGUCGUGUUUUCAGAGUUGAGUUGAGCUGGAGACUGUGGCUAUGCCACAGCACCUUGCUUCUCCCUCCCUUAGUUUUUCGAGUUAAUAGCAAAUACUUCCUUGAGCCCAUGAAGUGGCUUGCACCUGUAAUCCUGGCUAUGUGGGAAGCUGAGGCAGGAGAAUCUCUUCAGCUCACGGGUUUGAGAUCAACCUAGGCAACAUAGUGAGUAAACUCUUCCUCAAUAGCAGAUUCAUAAUCUGCUUCCUCCAGGUGGUAGGGGUUAGUAUGACACCCUCACUGUCCAGAUGGGGACCCCAGGAGGGAGCACAAGGAUUGGGUUGCCAAUUAAACCCCAGCUGAGGUUUCUGUGGGAUAUCUGCUGAAGGAAUGAAGGAAUGAAACCACUCGCCUCUAGUUUCUGUAAGACAAAGAAUUUCGGCGCCCUAGGGUCCUCCGCUCCCCUUUCCACCCCCUUAGCCAACGCCUGGGAUCCGAUUAUGAGAGUGGAGGAGAUGGAGGAGGAAGAGGAAGGAUUUACAUGCUAAGGAGGAUCAAGUCCUGUCGCCUGAGUCAGGGCCUGGCAGGCUCAUUUCAGGUAUUAGGGGCUAAGGCAGAAGGAGAGCAGCUCCCCCCAUGUCUCUUCUGUCCCCCUACAGGGCACACACUUCCCACCCAGCUGCAAGACCCUGUCCCCAUUCCGAGACUUUCCGUGUCACAUUUUAGAAGAAGAAAAAAUAGAUGAGCAAAGGAGUGAGCGAAACUGCUUUAAGCCCAUCACCAGAGAGCCACAGUAAAGCAGCCCCGCUCUGCAUCCUGUUUUGCAACUGUGUUUAGUUUGUGUUUUGCUGUCCAUCCUUCAACCUUUCCUUCGCAUUGUUUCAGACUUCGUGGCUGUACUUUCUGUAGCUUUCCCAGGGGAUUUCUUGGCAAUGGGGUGGGUGCAGAAACUGCUGUCCACAUUAACACUUCUGCCCGCUCUGCCCUCCGGGUCACAGGGGCUCUGGCUGCCCCCUCCGUGUUACUGGACAUUAACGAAGCUUGGCUGUGCCCCUCAGAACUGUGGUCUCUUCCUAGGUAGGGGGGCCCAACGCUCCAGCCUGACGCUCUCCCUAAACUUUGUCCCCUCCCUGGCCCCUUUCUCCCCACGGUCCUGACGGUGAGCCUUCUGUCAGAUCCACCCCAUGUUGAUGCUGAUCAUGUCCUGUGAAGUGGCAGCCGUCUGUCCAGCGAAGGACCUGGACUCCACCCCACACGCAGCUUUUUUUCUUGCCAUCUUGGUCUGCCUCUGUGGGUCUG